GGGAAAAGAAGGGAUGUUUUCCCCUCUUAAAAAUUCCAUAAGACCUUAUUUCUAAAAACGUUAAAAUUUGCGAUCAGUCGUACAUUAGUUGCUCGUGUGAACGGAUCUAGCAUCGGAGUAUCAGUCACUGAAAUAACGAAAAAGAACAUAAAAUAUGGCGAAUUACUACGUUCCGAUCCAGGCUGAAGCGUGUGAAAAAAAAUUAUCACCUUUGGAACCAAAGUAUACGCCUCGCAUUCUGGGAAGGAGAUUCGCAUUGACGCCUACAGCUUAUAAAUAUCUUGACAUUGGGAUCAGCGCAGGGCCGAUUUCCUUUGUCGAAUUAAUUAUCGGAGACAACCGAGGCAACCAAAUAAUUCUACUUUACGAACCGUGGAAGGCAGUGCUUCAAAGACGUGCGGACAUCGAGCAACUUGUGCAUGCAACUGCUGCGGCAUCACUCACCAUUUGCAAUUUAACUAUACAAGUUGUAAAUGUGAGCAAUGGAACUAUAGUAAAGUUGACGUCGUGUGGUACUUGCAUGUACAUGAAACCGUCAACUAUAUUGUUUUUAUUGGAAAUCGAGCAUUGCGUCGAGCAUGCGUAUUACCAGUUAUACCAGAAUAUAUAUGCUGUAAACGAAAAAUAUAAACAUUUUGUAUCUCUUUUGCGCAAAAAUUGUGUUAACAAUAAGUGCGAUGCGGCGAAAUUGUUACGCGAAAUGUAUGAUAAAACUUCACUCAUAGACUGUGAACUAUUAAUGUACGCUUUGGACAAUAUUGUAUAUAAUGCCUUACACGUUUAAUAAAUGCAAAAAGUUUUU